CUGGACGUUGGCGAGAUUUUACCGAGGAACCAAUGGACGUAGUGACAUUUGGGGACUCGAUUCGGUUUCUUCGUUUCUGGGGAACUUGAAAAGCUUUCGCGUGUCUCCUAGAAUGUCAUCAGUUAUGAGUAACAAAGAGGCUGUGCAGAAAACGCAGGAAAAGAUAAACACUUGGCUGGGGGAGAACCGUAUCGUGGUUUUUGCAGCCCCGGGAUGUCCGUAUUGCUUGAAAGCUAAGAAUGCUUUGGAAAGCGUGGGAUGCACGGACUACAAACUGGUGAAUGUUCCCUCGGAAAAAGACGCUCCGGUAAUCCUAACCUUACUCGCGCGGAUGACGAGAAAGAAACCAACGGUGCCGAAAGUAUUCGUGAAUGGGAAGUUCAUCGGUGGUGGGAAUGCACUCGCGCGAUUGCGGGAUAGUGGUCAACUUGCAGAUAUGGUGAAAGAAUGAGAGAGACCCGUUUAUUCUUCUUUUAUUUAUAUACUCGUCGGAUGUGGUGGAGGAUUUUGUUCUGUACCGAUUUACGCUGAUAAUACAAAAAAGUUGUCAACUCCGA